CGACCUGACGGCAGGUAUUAGAGAAGUCCCAGACCGAGUAAUCCGCCCAGACCCCGGCGAGCUUCUGGCAGGAGAGUCAGAGCGGAGCUCCCUCAGCGCACAGGCUCUCGAAAUCCCUGUUGAAGCACCUGCAGACAUGGGUCGUCAGGAGGCCGACUACGUGUGGAAGAAGGACACGGAAAACAUCCAGGAGCUCUUCGACUUCAUGGAGGAGCUCGGAUCGGGGGCCUUCUCCGAGGUUUACAUGGUGAAGGAGAAGAAGACGGGGAAGCUGUUCGCCAUGAAGUGUGUGAAGAAGAAGCAGACGAGAGAUCUCAACCUGGAGAACGAGAUCGCCGUGCUGAGAAGAAUCAAACAUGAAAACGUUGUCGGCAUGGAGGAUUUCUACGAAAGUCGGACUCAUUUUUAUCUGAUCAUGCAGCUUGUCUCAGGCGGCGAGCUCUUCGACCGGAUUCUGGACCGGGGGGUUUACUCAGAGAAGGACGCCAGCCAGGUGAUCCAGCAGGUGCUGCAGGCCGUCAGCUACUUACACCAGAACGGCAUCGUGCACCGGGACCUCAAACCGGAGAACAUCUUGUACGACAGCCCGGACGAAGACUCCAAGAUCAUGAUCAGCGACUUCGGCCUGUCCAAGAUGGUGGACAACGGCAUCAUGUCCACGGCUUGUGGCACGCCGGGAUACGUAGCUCCGGAGGUUCUGGCACAGAAGCCCUACAGCAAGGCAGUAGACUGCUGGUCCAUCGGAGUCAUCACCUACAUCCUACUCUGCGGAUAUCCUCCUUUUUACGAGGAGAGUGAAACACGGCUCUUCUCCAAGAUCAUGAAGGCUCAGUACGAGUUUGACUCGCCCUUCUGGGACGACAUAUCAGAAUCCGCGAAGGAUUUCAUCCGUAACAUGAUGCAGAAGGAUCCAAACAUGCGCUACAGCACAGACCAGGCGCUCAGACAUCCAUGGAUCAUCGGGAAGACGGCGCGGAGCCAGGACAUCUACUACUCCGUCAGCGUUCAGAUCCAGAAGAACUUUGCCAAGUCGAAGUGGAAGCAAGCCUACAACGCGGCCAUCGCCAUCAACCACAUGAAGAAGCUGCAGCUGGCCCACUCGGAGCUGGCCGCCAAGAAGGAGAGCGUCCCGGACAUCCAGGUGGUCGACCUGUCCUCCCCCGCAAAGAACCGCAAGAACCCGGACCCCGGCAGGCCGGAGCCCAGAGCCAUGCACCACAUGUCCCUGCCUGAGAGCCCCACCGAGCCCAAGAGCCACUUCUACCCGCUGAAGGCCAGCCAGAGCCAGGGCAGCACGUACCACGCGCCCUCCAUGGCCGAGCAGGGGAAGCACGCCUACCACUCGGAGCCCGCCAACCUCAACGGGUACGGCAAAAACCGCAACGGUAAGACUCUGCAGACGGGUGUGUGUGCGGUCAUGUGAAGGCUGCAUGGAGGAAACCUUUUUACUUGGUCAGUGUUGCUGCUUUGACUCAGCAUGCAGCUGCUUUGAGCCGGUGGCUCCACCGGCGCCGUGAGGGCGAGGAGGCUGAUCCCUCAGGGAACCCGGGCGGUCCGCAGCAUCCUCAGUCUUUUGGACAUUUCGCUUUGGAAAGAGUGCCUGAGAAGCUCCGCCCCAUCAGUGACACUGAAGCAUGCAAACACACACACAAACACACACACACACACACACACACACACACACACACACACACACACACACCAAGAUGCACAAGAGAUUAACUAGCAUGCAGAGAGAAGCGGGACUCUUUUUGGACAGUAUUUAGUCGAGGGCUCACUCGACCUCCACUCGCUCGUCCUCGUGAUUCAAGGUGAAGCAGUUCCUGACAUCUAAUGUCGCGCGAGGAGAGUUUGUUAGAAUCACAACAUGUUGUUUAUGAAAUGACUCACAAUGCAGUACGAUGAAUGAUUGUACCUCAUCUCGUCUGAAGCUUUAUCCUGUAGCUGGCCUGCGUCCCUCAGCACAUCCGCUGUAAGAAAGGAAGUGCUUUACUGCUUUUAAUGUUGGAAUUAUUAUUCUGUAAAGGUGUCUCUAAUUUUUUAUUUUACUUUUUAUGAGAUAUUUGUUUUUUAUGAAAU